AUGGAUGUUAGGGACCAUGAAGGGCCAUUUGAACCAACUCCGUCUCCUUUUCGGGGGAGCCCAAGUCCUCCUGUUCCUACAAUGCAUGAUCCAUUUGCACGGGCACCAUCUCCGUAUCACACAGCGCCAGUCCAGCAGUCGCCGUUCCAUCCUAUGCCAGUGCAACAACAUCCUCACGUGACUCCGGGCGUGUAUCACACGCCGUCGCCAUACCAGCCAACGCCACCGUCGCAGUAUCCACAUUCACCGUACCCACACCCAACAUUCGUGCCUGACGGAAUGGGUGGAUACUAUCAGACAAUGGUAAAUCCCGCUGCUAUGAUCCCGGGACAUCCUCAUGGUGGCCUUGUUUACUCGCCUGUUGUUGCAAAGCCGGGUGCUCUCAAGAUUCGACUAGAGUCAACGAAGCACGCGGCUAUUUCCACACCGGAACAAAGGACAAUAUGUUAUGUCAGGAAUGCAGCUGCAGUUGCCAUGGUCCGGGUGAUAAGAUAUCGUGCCAAACUGUCACUUGGGCCGUUUGGAUCGUUACGAUUACCCUCCAAGCAGCUGUUGACUACUGUCAUGGAUAGUGUCUUUGUCCGGAAUGGUUUGGACAUGAACACAUGGAGUGUGGAUCCAGAAAGACCGCCCCCUAUUGACACCAAGAAACAAUUCUCGGUAUUGUCCUUCCUUCCUUGUUUGGACACUGGUAUGUCUUCUACCAUGGUUCUACGCGGGGGUAUAACUCUUGACCAAGCGAGGCAACUGGGAAUGAUCAUCUACUAUUUCUUUGCCAUGCUGAGUGCUAAGAAGCCAACCUAUGAUGGUGCAGAUUAUGAUGAUGGGGAUUUUCAGCGUUCCAUCUUCGGUAAUACUCUGUUUUUAAUGUGCAAUACUUUGAUGCAGAAUGGGGAUUUGAUGCGAUUGUGGAUGAGGUAUCCGGAAAUGUGUACCACGGAAUACAUUCGUGACCUAACGGAGCUUUUGUACCACUUGAAGUCGUUUGUGGAUUACCAGUCUGGGGCUGAUAUGGGUCAUUAUGGCAUACAUGAGGCUCGUCUUGCAAGUCAUCCUAACUUUCCUUUCAUGGUCGUCUCCUCUUCGAUGGAGAGUCGGCGAAGUACAACUCGAACUGCCCAUCUAAAAUCGGCUAUUCAAAAAUAUCGGGAUGCAAUGUAUGACAAGUGGGAUAAAACCUACUACAGCUUACAGGAUCCAAUCUGGUCGUCCCCUUGUAUUUCUGUUUUUCUACAGGCAUCGAAUCAAGCUUCUGGAGGUUCCGAUCGGUCAUCUCGGAACAAGCUAUUGCACGAUGAUCGCAAUGGUCCUCCUAAGCCUGGAAAAGACAAGGAGAAGGAUAAGGUAGUAUUUGUUAAUGGUAUUCCACCUUUUGUGUGGAAUGAAGCACGGACUCCGAUGAGGGGACAAGAUCCAGUUGUUGCCUUCCAAAGUGCCAAGGUGCCUAAAGGUGGAUAUCCUCACCUCGAAAAACCAAAUAACAACAUGAAUGGUAAGAAGAUGAUAUACCCAAUCUGUCUGAAUUCUGCUUUCAAGAGCCAUCGAAAAUGUCAUGAUAGCGCAGCAUGUAAAGUAUUUGCCAAACAUGGCAAGCCGGGUAUUGGAAGAACUCGAGUACACAUUGAUCUUGAAGAUGUUAAAUGGUCCAACGCCAACUACCCUGAAGCAAACUGGAAAGACGUUGUUGCUUUUGUCAAGAAAUACAAUGACUAUCUAUUACCAACAGAAGCAUUCAAAAGAUUGACGCCCAGCACACAAUGGUGA